GCCCGUGUGAGUGACGUGACUCGAGGGGAGAGACUGCGGGCGAGUCUAUCACCAACAAGGCCUCCCCACAUCUGCCUCCUCAUCCCUUUGAUUCCAUCCUCUCGAACUCCCAUUGACGGCCCAACUCCACCUACAGCCUCUUCCCCUCCCCUGCCAACUUCCUUACUCCUCCAUCUAAUCCUUUUGCAGACCCCGUCGACAUGAGCUGGAAGGGACUCACUAAGGCAGUUUCCCGACUUCCUCAUACCUUGUCCACAAAGACCGGUAUCCGCGAUUCAACAACCGACUAUGAGUUCAAGGACAUGAACGACAAGUUCACAGCCUGUGAAAAGACAACAGCUACUCUCUUAGGCGAUGUGUGCAAAUACCGCGACAGUGUUACAGCACUCCUUAAUCAUCAGGCGGAAUUCGGCAUCGUCCUCGCAGAGAUCUAUGACCCAUCUCUGGGCGAGCCGAUUGGCGAGGUCACCCCACGCCGUAUCCAGACCGCACCAGAGUCUGUUCAGGCCGUAGACGAUUUCCAAGCGGUCAUGCGGGAGAUCAGGGAUAUUCUCUUACCUGAGGUGGACAAACUGGAGGCCUCAGUCGUGACUCCGUUGACAGAAAUGCAGAACCUGAUGAAGAUGAUCCGGAAGACUAUCGUUAAGCGUGACCACAAGUUGGUUGACUAUGAUCGCUUCAGGAUCUCGUUGAAAAAACUCCAGGAUAAAAAGGAGAGAACGCUGAGCGACGAAAAGCAGAUCUUCAAGCUCGAAUCUCAAUUGGAAGUUGCGACAGCGGAUUAUGAAGGGUUGAACAACUUGUUGAAGGAAGAACUACCUGGCUACUUUUGGCUGCGAACGCAGCUGAUGGAACCCGUCUUCUACUCGUUUUUUUUCCUGCAGCUCCGCAUUUACAAUAUUCUUCUGGAUCGCAUCGACCCUCUCUCCAGAAGUGGAUAUUACGACUUAACCAUGGACAUCAUUCAAGGAUACGAGGCUCGCAAGGGCGACAUUGCGCCCACUCUGGAGGGGGUUGAAAUUAUUACCAAACGGGCCAUUACAACUUCCUAUGCCAGCAAAUACGGCAGACCAUCUCCUGAAACCAGCCCUACAGGAAGCGCCUAUGGGACCCCAAGGUCGUAUGGAGGCUCAAGCGCAUCUGUGGGAGAAGCAAAGUCCCAUUCACCCCCAGCACCCCCAGCAACAAAGCCUUGGCAGGCGGCAACAACAGCCAAGCCGUGGCAGCAGCACCAGGCGUCAGCACCCCAAACGGCUCCAAAGUCAUGGCAACCAGCUACUGCGGGCACAUCUCGUACUGCAGCACCCACAGCACCAGCGCCUCCAGCAUCAGCACCUAAACCAUGGCAAGCAGCCGGCGCGACCGCCCCUACACCAAGGCCAUGGCAAGCCAAGUCGACUCAGGACGCAUCGCCACCACCAGCCUAUUCAGCACCGCAACCUGCUGCUGUCGCUCCAGCUCCUGCAGCUCCGCGAGGUGGACCCAAUGUGCAUAUCCACGUUAGUCCAUUCAGUACAGGAGUCGCAGGAGCCAUAGCAGCUUCAGCUGCGAGUACGGCAUUCCAGGCCGGGAAAUCGUCCCUCGCUAAUAAGAAGCCCCCACCACCUCCUCCACCCAAGAGGUUGAAUGUCAAAAUGGUAGUCGCGCUUUACGAUUACGAUGCACAGCAGGAGGGCGACUUGAGCUUCAAACAGGACGACCGGAUCGAGCUUGUGGAGCGGACUGCGAACACGGAUGACUGGUGGACCGGCAAGUUGAACGGUAAACAGGGUGUUUUCCCAGGCAAUUAUGUUAAGGAGAUCUGAGGCAAGAAUACAUUGUAAGGAUUGAGGUUGGAGAACGGCAGAUGGUGGUUUUAUGUCUUUGGAAGUAGUGCCAUAGAAAUACGACGAUAAUAAUAAAGGCGAGGGUGUUGCUGUUGUACC